AUGGCUUCGUUCAUCACCACCAUGUCUGUCCCCGCUACCCCUCCCGUUGUCCAUUUCCCUUCCCCUGGGGAGCCUACCUCUUGCUCCCCGCAAUCCCACCCCCCUUCCGUUAUCAGCCCUCCCGCUUUAUAUCAGACCACUCGCACUUCUCAUAUCCCCCUCUCAGAGCCCCCAUCUUAUCUGUCGCCGGCGGUGCGCGCACUAAAACAAGGCUGCUUUGGACUAACACCUCCCAGCAAUGCACGCACACGCGCCCCCUUCAAGCCCCGCUCGGCCGCCAAGGGCACAAGCAGUUAUCAGCUACGACAGUUCGCCGAGGCCACACUUGGAAGUGGUAGCUUGCGCAAAGCUGUAAAGCUGCCCGAAGGCGAAGAUCAGAAUGAAUGGCUCGCCGUCAACAUUGUCGACUUCUACAACCAGAUCAACCUUCUCUACGGGUCAAUAACUGAGUUCUGCUCACCGCAGACAUGUCCCGAGAUGAAGGCUACAGAUGAGUUCGAGUACCUCUGGCAAGACUCGGAGAAUUUCAAGCGGCCGACCAAGAUGUCUGCCCCGGAAUAUAUUGAGCACUUGAUGGCCUGGGUGCAGAGCAACGUCGACAACGAACAAAUGUUCCCUAGCCGGAUCGGUGUCCCAUUCCCCAAGACCUUCCCCAGUCUUCUCCGUCAGAUCUUCAAGCGUCUAUACCGUGUCUACGCCCACAUCUACUGCCACCAUUAUCCAGUGGUAGUGCACCUCGGCCUCGAGCCUCAUCUCAACACCAGUUUCAAGCACUAUGUCUUGUUCAUUGAUGAGCACAAGCUGGCCAGUGGGAAGGACUUCUGGGGACCGCUGGGUGAUUUGGUGGAUAUCGGGGAUACUGGCUGGUUGACGGAAAAGAUAUCUCAACGGCGUUUCGGUCCUUGUGUGCGUGCACGUGACGACGGGAACAUUCGGCCCGGAGGUCUCAACCUUGCAUCCUUGACUGAAGCAAGCACUCCGAACGUCGAUAUCACUUCCCCAUUCAACCCUCAGCGUCCCUCCUCCCUCCCCGAGGCCACUCCUCCAGCCAAUUGCACAAUGAUGUCCGCUCGCUUCGCCCGCGCUGGCCUGCGUGCCACCCAGUUCUCCGUCCCUCGCACCGCCGCCGUUAACGGCAUCAGGUCCUAUGCCACCCCGGCCCAGGAGACCCGCGCUCCCGUCGCCCUGUUCGGCGUUGAUGGCACCUACGCCACUGCUCUGUACACCGCUUCCACCAAGUCCGCUGCUCUCGACCAGACUGCCCGUGCUAUCGCCAGCCUCGGCGAGACCAUCAAGGCUGACAAGAAGCUCGUCUCUAUCCUCCGCGCCCCUAUGCUCACCAUCGCCGACAAGAAGUCCAUCGUCGAGGAGCUCGCUAAGGUCGCCGGUGCCGAUAAGGCCGGUAUCCUCAAGAACUUCCUCGACACUCUCGCCGAGAACAACCGUCUCGGUUCCCUCGAGGGUGUCUGCGAGAAGUUCGCUACCCUGAUGGGCGCUCACCGCGGCGAGAUCGACCUCAACAUCACCAGUGCUCAGGAGCUCGAUGCCAAGACCAUCUCUCGUCUGGAGAAGGCUGUUUCCAAGUCCGAGUUCAGCCAGGGCAAGAAGCUCAAGGUUGUUGCCAAGGUCAACCCCGACCUCGUUGGUGGACUCGUCGUUGAGAUUGGCGACCGCACCGUUGACCUUAGCGUCUCUUCCAAGAUCGCCAAGAUGAACAAGGCUCUUUCCGAUGCUUUGUAAAUGUAAAUUAGCCUUAGCGUUUGAGGGGAUGGUUAGAUUAUAGCAUAUCGUCCCGGAUGAACGGUAGCGUUCGUAGGGGGAAAGGGGGUUCUAACAUUCCCUUUUCUACUCUCAUUUUGUUUUGUUCUCACUACUUGUCAAUUGCACAAAUUCAUCCAUAAUUGGUGUCUUAU